UUAGCACUCAACUGGUCAUUAGAAGCAGCACAGAUGAUUGAUGGGAGAGAAGUAGGUGUUUACAUAACGCAUAGGCUCGGCGUGCGUGUAGGUGUGUUGUUUGAUAUAAAGGGGUACAGUAACAGCGCUGGUUCAUGUGCGGCUAAGCCCACACCCUCUGUACGUGUGGGUGUACGUGGUCGUAGCUUUAGCUGGAGGUGUGGGCGAGCUGGAGUUUAUGCUUGUUUGUAGGAGAUUAUAUUCUCUGCAUGUUGGGCUGCAAGAGAGAAAAGGCGAAGGGAGAUUUCAGUGCUGUAGGCCGGGCAGCUCGGAGGAGAAAUGGCUGCCUGCGGAUGACUCAUACCCCAGCAUUCUGAGUGUUUGUCAAGGAGACUGAAUCAUACAGAGAUUCGAGCUUUCUCUUCGAUCAGAUCGGACACCGUGCAGGACUGUGGGCAUGCCGAGGCUGGUGGCACGGUUCGGUCUCCGUCCUUCUGAGACGGUCGCCACGCCGACGCUGUGAGCACUGAUGCUGCUGGAUACACAGAGAUGACAGAGGACAGCCGUGACAGUUACAUCGUGCGCGUCAAAGCGGUGGUCAUGACCCGAGAUGACUCGAGCGGAGGCUGGCUGGCACAGGAAGGAGGGGGUCUCAGUCGGGUGGGUGUCUGUAAGGUGAUGCCUGCAGAGCUGACCGGGCGCAGCGAUUUCCUCAUCCACGGCGAGCGCCUCAAAGACAAGCAGGUGAUCUUGGAGUGUUUCGUGAGGAAUGAUCUCAUCUAUACAAAGGCCACGCCCACAUUUCACCACUGGAAGGUCGACAAUAAAAAAUGUGGCUUAACGUUCCAGAGCCCCGCCGAUGCCCGUGCCUUCGACAGGGGGGUGCGGAAAGCCCUGGAAGAUUUAAUGGAGGGUUCCACAACUUCCUCUUCAACACUCCAAAAUGAGGCUGAGCUCGGGGAUGACGAUGUGUUCACGACCGCCACUGAUAGUUCUUCAAAUUCGUCUCAGAAGAAAGAACAUGCUACACAACUGGUGGCCACCUCCACGUUCUACGAGCCUCAUCCGCAUCGCUGCAUCCUGCAGUACCGGCCGCCUGAGCGCUACAGUCUGGAUCAGAAGUUCUCCAGGAACCUCUUUCCCUUCGAGGAUGAGGAGAUCGUCCGCAUCAACCCGCGCGAGCGCUGGCUGAUCACAGGCUACGAGGACUACCGAUACGCUGCCGUACCAGACAAGAUCGUCCAGGCCGAGGACUCGGACUCAUACGUUCACAUCGAAAAGAACGAACCCUUAAAGCACGACUACAACUACCCGUACGUGCCCAGCUCUGACUACAGCCAGUGCGACCUCAAGAGCCACUGCGCGGGCACAGAGGGUGGCGUAGUGGCCUCCCAGCCGAGGGCUUUUAAGCUCAAGGGCAAGCGGAGGAAAGAGGACGGCGAGCGCUCACGCUGCGUCUACUGCCGGGACAUGUUCAACCACGAGGAGAACCGGCGCGGGCAGUGCCACGACGCGCCCGACCCUAUACGGACCUGCAUCCACCGGGUUAGCUUCAUGUGGUGCGCGGACAGCAUGCUCUACCACUGCAUGUCCGACCCGGAGGGUGACUACUCCGACCCGUGCUCUUGCGACACCAGCGAGGAACGUUUCUGUCUGCGCUGGACGGCCCUGUUGGGUCUGUCGGUGCUGGCGCCCUGUCUGUGCUGCUACCCGCCGCUGCACAUGUGCCACCGCUGCGGCGUGGCCUGCAGCUGCUGCGGGGGAAAGCACAAAGCCGUCGGCUGAGCCCCCGCUCCCCCCCUCCCUAACGAACCCUACGUAGGCUCCUCAGAACGUUAGCACUGAGGAGGUAAGGAUGGAAAUACCAUACACGGGCGGCUCGGCAGAGUUUUUCUUUCAUUUUUUUAUUUUGGUUUUAUAUGAAAAAUAUAUAUAUAUAUAUAUAUAAAUAUAUAUAUAAAUAUAAAUAUAUGUUUAUAUAUAUGUGUUCUGUUCUUCCCCUUUUAUUGUGGAUGUUUCUUUGAAUUCCUUGUAAACGAAAUCGACCUUCUUGUCAGGUGGCUCCCUGAGCCCACGUGUCACGCAUCACUUAUGCAGGUACUUUAUAUUUUUUACACUGAUUUUACUUUUCAAGAACUUGAAUCGCUUGUCAUUUUUGUGUUACGUGUCCUUGAUUUUGCCAUCCGUUGUUUCGAUUUCAUGUCGGUCCAGCAAAGGAAGGUGUUUAUAGCUGUUUACCCUUCCCGAGCGGCUCCUUACGUGAACCGACACUUAUAUCCCAAGCCCUUUAACCAUUAAGAACAAUAACAAUGAGAUUAGCUUGAGACACUAAAUCUGUAGUUGAGUGGACGGGUUCGAAUGAGUUUUUAGUGCGUUCGAUGGAGAGCGUGUCGAUGCAUGCGUGUGUGUGUGUGUGUCGUAAAGGAAUGAUAACAUUUUAUCACAGCAUAGUAUUGUUGUUAUUAUAUUUAAGCCAAAUUUACAUAAGCUGCAUUGAGAGUAUAUGUAAAUACUGUAUACUCGUAUGUAUAUGUUUAAAAAUCAAAUUAUUGUAAUCAUCUUCAACAGCCACUGCUGGUCUACAGUUUCCUUAUUGUCGACGCAAGGGUGGCUUUUAAGUUUAAACCUAUUUGAUAUCCAAAGAUUAUUUUUGUCAUAUUUAUUUUCACCGUAAAUUGAAUCACCAGCCAAAGGGAGAGAAAAAACGUUGGGCAGAGACUCUCAGCCAUAUGGGAAAAGAUGAGUUUCCAGCAAGCCCACACUGCUUACUCUGCAGAAAUAUCCUUUCCUCGUUCACUAGUUUUGUCUUGUUGUCCAGAAAGAAUGUCUUAGCAAGAAACAAGGUUAAAUUGUGCACAUUUUUUAUUCGCCCUUUAAAAGAAACUGUAGAUAAAAUGUCAUUUUUCUUCAAAAAGAUCUUAUUUUAGUGAUGUUCGGAAAUGCAGAACGAGACAAAAAUAUUGAUGAAGUAAAGGUUUUUUGCAGUCUAUUCGAUUUCAUAUACUCGAGAGGGAAACACUUUCUCCUUGCUGACAGAUGGCUCAUAAUUUGUCUGUAGAAAAAAAAGGAAGGAAGGAAUUGUUGUCUCAAAGAUGUUUCAAACUCCAAUCCUGUUCUCAGAGCAACGCAAACAGAAAAAUAAGCUUGAUUUUAGGGUGCUUCAAAGAGGGACGUUUGCCAAACCGAUCUCCAGUUUCUUCGUUACAAUAAUGCUACUUAACGCCUUAAUUUUGUCUCACGAAAGCGAGACCUUAUGAGAGGACGGUAAAACGAAUCAGUGCUGUUUCUCAAAGAAGUCAAAAUAUUUUUCUAUCAUAUGAAAAGAGAUACAAAGAUCAUGCUCCAGUGUGGGAGUCUAAAGGCAUGGUACAAUCUGUGAGACGGCUCGUAUGGGUCGUCUCCGUCGCCUCACUUUAUGGUUAACCAGUCACCUUCCCCGGUAGCGCUUUAUGCUUUCUCGGAAUAAAUCAUUGACCGACAGAGCAUUACACUGCAUAGAUAUUCAACCUGUAUGUGAGCAGUCACAUGAAUGUACAGCGCGCGUCGAAAAUGCCUAAAAUCAGCCUCAAAAUCAUGUACUUUAAAAUAAAGGUUCUUUACAUUUUCUGUCAUUGUAGUUUCAGAACCGCAGAGUUCUGGACCAGAUGUUUUUUGGAUUUGAAAGUUAUAUUUUAUGUUCAUGUUGGCUCUUGUUCUCAUCUGUUUAAGUCGAAAUCGACCACAUUUACCUUCAUAAUGGACAUUCCAUAUCACGCACGAUUCCUCUGGGCAUAUUAUAAAAAAAGUACAAAGUUGUGUCUUCGUAAUCGAGCAAAAUGUACUCCUUCCCUUCAACCACCUGACUUCUGGUAUGCCUACUUUUCACAGUCUAAUCAAUUAAAAAUAACAAAUCCAUAUUUUUCUUGUUUUAAAUCCUGUUUUGCUUUAACAGUAAAAUUGCUGUUGACUUUAAAAGAGGAGCCCCCUUGAGUUCUUUGACAGGCCAGUACAUUGAGGUCCAAAAGUCUGAAACCACCAGAGAAAAUGUUGGUAUGACAAAAUCGGACAUUUCGUACAAAUCUGACGAUUUAUUUCGGGAACCUUUAUUUUUAAGAGUGUAGAGAGGAAACUAUGUGUUAGACAUCUAAUGCCUCUGUCAUUCACUGGAGUCUGUAUGUGAUGGGCGGCAGAGAGGAUGCAAACCUCUGCAAUGAUGUUUCAGCUGUCACUGUGUCCUUCACUCACCACGUGUCCUUUCUGUAUCCGAAUCUGUCAGCUUCUGCAAUACCAGUGUCAUCCAAGCUCAGAAAAGAGCCGAGUUUUAUUUUUCUAUCUGUGGUAAUGGAACGUUAACCAAAUGCAUUCUGUAUGAAUGUCUGUCCUGGUGGAUCAUCCACACACAUUUACCUGUUAAAAAGUGCCUGAAGCGUAUUGUUAAUCUAUCUCAUUGUAUAUUAAAAAACGAUAAGAACCAGAAAAAGACGAAGAUGAAACCCUGUUGUAUUGAUCAGUUUUGUUUUUUACGAUCCACAUUUUUACCUCUGUAAAAAGCAAAAAACGCUUAAAAAAAUCUAUAUCAAGUGUAUGAUGUACAUUUUUAUUUCUAUUUUUUUUAACCGUUUCUAACAUGUACGAUCGAUGUAGCUCCUGCUUUUAGGAAAAGACGGGACGGGAAGAAAGGACUUUGUAAAUACAAGUUGAUCAUAUCAGAGCUACGUGACGGCCUGGCCGCUGUGUAGAUCUACAUGUUUGUCAUAGGUCCCAAUAAAAAUGAAAGAAACCAGU